AUGGCCAACAGCUUAAUCCUCGUGCUGGUUUUCCAUUUUGUGUCAGUGAGCUUCCUUUCGUGUGAGUUCCAGGAGUUAAACUUCCAGAUUCAAAAGGCCAACGAGAUCACGGUGCUAGCUCUGGAUGUGUCUCGCACAGCGACGGGAAUGGUAGAUUGUGCUAGUCAAUGUGCUCUACGAAAAAAUGAAUGCUUCAAUUUUAUUUUUGAUGACUCAAACCAACAGUGCAUUCUGGCGUUCAUAGAAGUAGGAAGCGACACGACCUUGAACCUGAACAGCCCGAAUGUGUACAGGUCAUGUAAAGACGUCACGGACACAACACAGCCAAGACAACUGGUCAAGCUGACGUCAGGACUGGUGGUCAUGUGCGACACACAGACAGACGGCGGAGGGUGGACGAUUUUUCAGCGUCGCGUUUCCGGAGCCAUCGGUUUUAACCGGAAUUGGACUGAAUACAGAAAUGGGUUUGGGGACUACGGUGUUGGGGAUUUUUACCUGGGUAAUGAAAAUAUUCACUGCAUCAGUUCCAAGGCUAGCCAUGAAUUACGUAUUGAUAUGGAAUACAAGGGAAUCAGCUACUACGCAUUGUAUUCUUUUUUCAAACUGUUUUCAGAGGAGGAUGGAUAUAGACUUUCCGUGAGUGGUUUUGGAGGCAAUGUAUCUGAUGAUUCUUUAUCGUUUAAGAGUAAUUAUCAGCAGUUCAGCACAUACGACAGGGACAACGACAUUGACUUUUUCAGACACUGUGCCAAUCGCUACAAGAGCGGUUGGUGGUUCUCGUUUUGUCAUGACGUCAACCUCAAUGGCAUCUGGGGCAGCAAAACAUUAGGAGAAUCCAUCGAAUGGCUUUCUAUUACUGGAGAAUGGGACAGCCUUGAAUUCACUGAGAUGAAAAUACGACCACUACAUUAA